AUGAACCAUGGCCGAUUGAGGGACUGUAGCACCUUGCAACGUGAGUAUCCGUACCAUGGAACUGCAGCUCGGCUUAUGCCAGCCUCCAGCGGUCAAGCUGCGCGGUCAGAAGUCUAUUUGGUGGAUCUCGUUCAGGGUCCUUUCUCGGUCAAUAGCUCUAUCCCCGUUGGGGGCCCAGCAACGUUUUUAGAGCUUGCAGGGACCUGGGCACGAAGCGUCACCGCCAACGAUGCCUUUUCCCAUGUUCGGACGUUUAAUCGCGAAUAUCUAGCCACCCCCGACUCCCCCGAGUGGUGGUUCGCCCGCCGACGCCGGGCUUUGAAGGGGUGUGGGCAAAGUGGUUAUCUCGCAGCUCGGGUCGCGUUUCUCAACAGAUGGGCAGGGCCGUGGCCGUGGCCGGAGAAAGCAGCAGUAGCAGCGGCAGGAUGGAAGGCGUGCACUUUCCCGAGUCGUGGUUCUGAGACUUUCAUUUCGCCGUCGAUCGACUGCUUUCCUUUUUUCGCAUUCUCAGCUAAACGGGAUACGUACUUGACGAUCCGGAACCGCCUCCAUACCGCCGAGAGCAGACGGCGUUUCGUCGUGGAAUUCUCUUUCUUCGACACCUUUCGACGGCAAUUCUCUCUACGAAACACUACAUUUGAUACGCCAGCCGAUCAGCACAAUACGUUCGACGAUGGCGGCGAACAGAGUGGCUUGCACUGCGGCCAGGUCGCUGGGAGCACCGAAGAGUCAGGCUGCCGCGAGCCAAGUGCGAUUGAUGAGCAGCGUAGGCAGAUCAAAUGGUACGUCGCAAUGCUGGGCGAAUUUUGCUCCCAACUGCUUCAACAAAUUCUUGAAAGGUUGGUGCAGCUCGAAGCUAUCCCAAGCUCGCUUGUCCAGCACCGCUCAAACGGGACAGCUCCCCUUACACCGUACGCCACGUCUCUUUAUUCGCCAUCCUUCACCGAACAAACGGACAAGGCACUUGAUCAUUUUGCUCUCAAGUUCGAUCAAGCGCGCUUUACUCCCACGUGGACCCCCACACUUUCCAUUCUCCCGCGGCAUAGGCAAUUGGAGUUUUUUCAUCAAGGCGCCUUUGAGGCAAACCCGCGCCAAACACGACCGGGUCUGAUCCACGUCUUCGUCUACGACUCACCAGCAAGUGCUCGGCUGGCGUCCCGCACUGGAGGGGGCAAACACAGCCCGUCAUGGAAGCCAUCCCGCGGCAGCACAGAAACGAUGCCACGCAGGGUCAUGUCUCGUGCCCCCGAAGUCACAGAAGGAGAUGCGCUGAUUUCCUGUCAACUUUGCCGUCUUUUUCUUCCCUCUGUCCGUUUAAUCCAUCAAUUAAACAUUGCGCACUGUUGUAACGGCCCCCGCGUCCGAGACUCGAUUGCUUGUCGAUUGCCCUUCGGUUUUCUUGAGACUCAUUCUUUUCACCUUUUCUCUAAGCAUUUCCAACUCCUUUUCUUCUUUGCUCGGCUCUUCCCCGUGUUAUCGAUCCGAGUCCAGGUGUUUUUCUACCUUGAUCUCCACUAUACCCCGCGGUCCCCUAAGAUCUUCCUCUCCAAUACCCCGCCAUCUCAGAGGCAACUUUUCUUCAGCAGCAGCAACAGCCGUUCGUCACCCCACCAUCGAACCAUGUCUACCACACCGAGCCGUCGGCUGAAUGUGCACAACAUCAACCAGCAUGUUGUUGCUGCCGAGUACGCCGUUCGCGGCGAGUUGGCCGUGAAGUCGGAGGAAUACCGAGCGAAGCUGUCCAAGGGCGACAAGGACCUCCCCUUUGACGCCGUUAUCUCGGCCAACAUCGGCAACCCCCAGCAGCUCGACCAGAAGCCCAUCACCUUCUUCCGCCAGGUUGUCAGUCUUCUCGAGAACCCCCUGCUUCUCGAGCGCGAGGAUGUUUUGCAGAACCAGCUCGGAUACAAGAGCGAUGCCAUCGCUCGCGCCAAGUUCCUCUUGAGCAAGGUCGGCUCUGUUGGCGCCUACAGUGCCAGUGCUGGUGUUCCCGCUAUUAAGGAGAGCAUUGCAAAGUUUAUUGAGCGCCGCGACGGAUUCCCCGCCGAUCCCGCCCACAUUUACCUCUCUGGCGGUGCCUCUUCCGGAGUCAACACCCUUCUUCACAUCAUCGCUCAGAACGCUCAAAGCGGUGUUCUAGUGCCCAUUCCUCAAUACCCUCUCUACACCGCAACGCUAUCAGUUCUCAACGCCACCUGCGUUCCCUACUACCUCGACGAGGCCGCUGGCUGGGGUACCGACCUGAACACCAUCAAGGCUGCUUACGAGAAGGCCACCUCCGAAGGCACCGAUGUCCGCGCUAUUGUCAUUAUCAACCCCGGCAACCCAACCGGUGCCUCCCUGUCCGAGGAUGACAUUCGCGCCGUCUACGACUACGCUGCGGAGAAGCAGCUUGUGGUGAUGGCUGACGAAGUCUACCAGACCAACGUCUUCGUUGGCAAGUUCCACUCCUUCAAGAGCGUUCUGCGCAGGCUGCAGAAGGAGACCCCUGGCAAGUACGACGGUGUCGAACUCGCUUCCCUGCACUCCAUCUCCAAGGGUAUGGUUGGCGAGUGCGGUCACCGCGGCGGCUACUUCGAGCUCGUCAACUUCGACCCCGAGGUCGAGGCCAACAUUUACAAGUUCGUCUCCAUCACCCUCUGCGCUCCCGUCAUCGGCCAGUGCAUCGUCGAGCUCAUGGUCAACCCCCCCAAGGAGGGCGAGCCGAGCUACGAGCUGUACAAGAAGGAGUACGACGGCAUCUUCAACGGCCUCAAGGAGCGCGCCACCGCCCUCCACAAGGCCUUUGACCAGAUGGAGGGCGUCGAGUGCGGCGCGCCCCAGGGCUCCAUGUACCUCUUCCCCACUAUCAAGCUUCCCGCAAAGGCCACCGAGGCUGCCCAGAAGGAGGGCCGCACCGCCGACGAGUUCUACUGCAUGCGCAUGCUCGAGGCCACCGGCGUUUGCGUCGUUCCCGGCAGCGGAUUCGGUCAAAAGGAGGGCACCCUGCACUUCCGCACUACUUUCCUCGCCCCCGGCACCGACUGGGUCGGCCGCAUCAUCAACUUCCACAAGGACUUCAUUGAGAAGUACCGGUGCGAGGAGGCCUGUCGCUCUUUUUCCGGAACCACGUAUCCAGGGCGGAUAAAAGCAGAUAUCGAUGAGCACCUUGCGAGAAUAGAAAGAUUCCGCUCCCAUCAAUUCUGCAUCCAGACCUUUCACAGUCAUCUCAUGUGGGCCUCGGUCAAGCCAAGAUUUCUCAAAUUGGCUUGUCUAAUCCGCAGUCCCAAGCCUGACUAA